GACCUUUAUGUUUCAGAUUUUAAAAUGACAGUUUCCGAUAAUUAUCGAUUGUGAUUGGUUGUUUUUUUCAAUAAUACUCUACGUUUCUUUUUCAUUUCCUCUCAAUUUUAUUUGCGCGCUAAAAUUUGCGAUUUAAAGACGCAAAUCUUUGGCGCGAAUUUCUCGACAGGAUGUAUAAUGGGCACGAUUUUUUAUCAUGUAUUAAAAUUCCUGUCACAAAACAAGCUGUGGCAAAGAAAUCUGAGAAAAUGGAAUCUAUGGAUUUUGCAGCAGAGCAUCGUGAUUUAAUUUCAACAGCUAAUAAAGUUUUUGGAGAAGAAAAAUGGAAUCAUACUAUUGUUCAUCAAACUUUAGAUUAUGUUGAAAUCAUUGGUGCCAAGUGCAAUGUUGGAUGUGUUAGUUCCGUUAAAGUUCAAUUGGAGAAUGGAACCUUUCAUGAAGAUAUUGGUUAUUAUAGCGCAGAAGAAUCUACAAAAGGCUUGUCAAUACACAAUGCAAGAAUUGGUUCUGCUGUAAAUGGCUUAAGGAGAGCUUUGUUGUCAUUUGGAGGUAAAAUUGAAAGAGAGUUGCAAUCACAAAAACAAAUUAAUCCUAAACAAACUAAUGACAAACAGAAAAAUAUAGUACAAUCAGCUAAUAAGCAGAUUGAAGGAAAGUCAAAUGUUUCUAUUCAAGCUCCUAUUUGUAAGAUAGAAUAUGAAGAUCUGGAAUCAGAUAAAAAUAAAGAGUGUAUUCUAGUACCUGUUGCAAAAAAGGAAACAACAGAUACUAAUCCAUCAUUAUCCGAAAUGAUUAACUCUCAAGAAGAUCUUCAACCUUUAUUAAAUCAGGAAAAGUUAAUGAUAGUACAAAGUGACAAAACGGAUACUAAAACUGAAGACAGUUCAAAACAAGAACUUCAGGAAAUUUAGAUGGAAUAAACAUUAUCAGCAAACGAGAUACAACGAAUAGAAAGGAAAAGGAAGCAAUUGGAAAAACAAAUGGAAUUUAAAAAACGUAUGAAGGCAAAAGAAGAACAAGUAUUAAAUAAUAGUAACCCAAAGCCU